UUGAAAUUUUGAAUUUUGAAAUUUUUGCCAAUUUUGCGAAUGUUUUUCUGUUGCCGAGAAAUUUCCGUUUAAUUUUAUUAAAAAGUAAUUAAAUUGGGAUUAAUCACUUCCGUCACUCUUCCUCGUACACAUUUUGUCGAUAAAGAAUAAAUGUCACGUUGCUUCCUCCCGGGAUUUACUUGCAAAUCUGGAGGAAAAGAAAGAAACAAUGCUAGCCGCUUCUGAUCCUCAGCCUUUCACACCUUUUGGGAGAGGGCAAAUCAGCCGACAUGUAGGAAGUAGUACAAUACCCUUAGCUUACUUAUCGUACGCUUCUCCAUCUUUCCUAGAGCAAGAACUGAAUGAAAUCUCGUUGAAUUCAGAAGCCGAGAAUGAAAGCUGGCUGAUACGAGAAAAUUCAGAUGGCGUUGAAGAAGAGCUAUACGUCAAAGGAAAGGUUGUAAUUUGGAGUAAAGGAAAUUUUGGUAUCAGUAUAGCUAAUUUAGGAGAAGAGCAACCUGGUGGAAGAAUUCUUGUUCGUAGCUAUACGGCAGAAAAUCCGGUCAAACAAGCAUUAUGGUGUUCUUUUAUGAGCGACGAGUAUGCUUUCGAUACGAAAAAAUACAAGAAAAAUGAAGCUGAAGUGGAAGCGAUAUGUGCUAUUGACGAGAGAACGCUGAGUAUUUACAUGGCAGGCUGUGAAGAGUAUUUUACUCGAUUACCUUUCAAAGUAUCUUGUGCAUGGAGCACAAAAUUCGGAUUAAUUAUAGAGAGAGCAACGAUGAUAUCGAGCAAUAAAAUGAAUUUUUCUUCUCAGUUCUCUAGUUUUAAUUUUUUUCCUACAUUAUUUGCUUUGACACAUCCUCUGAACGAAAUGUCGCCAUUUUUGAUACUCAAGCAAGGAGGAAUCCUAUCUUUUAUGAGAGAACAGUAUAUGAAAGUAGUCUUCGUUGAUAAAUCAACGUCAGUGUGUAUGUUAUACGAUUAUAGAACCUGUUUGCAUAGUAUUUGGAAAAUUAGACAAACCACCGAAGAGGAAAGACAAAUGAUGAAUGUUAAUCAAGAGAGUGAACAAACGGGAAACACAACUACAGCAAAGCAAUUCUCUAAUUCAGUAAUGACCAGUGGCUCGAUUCCAUUCAGUAUUAAUAAUAAAUCAACUGCGAGUGCCAAUUUCACGGCAUUUUCUAGUCCUUUCGGAGGCAGCCGUUCCAACAGUCACAACAGUGCUGGCCAUAGAAAUUCACCGUACGCUUCAUGUAAAAUGGAUAGUCCGCUUCCUGCUGCUGCUCAUUCUAGCAGUUUUACUUCGUCGCCCAAUAAUGUCUCAGUGAAAAACGUGAAAUUUAGUCAACUUUUCAGUCCGCGACUCUCCGGGUCGCCGAAGAAUUCACCUUCGGUUGAUGCCCGUCUGGGCAACAGCCAAAGUGUCUCCCAGCAUUACGUUCCUAUGCCUGUACAACCUGAAUUAUGCUUAGAGUAUAUUUGGACGGAGAAUUCCGGCAAUCCUAGGGAAGGUGAAAUGGGUCCGGCUUCAUCGGUGUUCAUUAGCUGUGAUUUUGUAGGACAAAAGUAUCUUUGUUAUUUGAUUCCGGCUCGUGGACAGUUGUUUUGCGCCAGGAUGGAGAAAACUAACGAAGAUAAGCCUGAUAUUAUUUUAGGUUCUGUGACUGUGAUACCAGCUAGAGAUGCUGCUUAUUUGCCUAAUGUGAACGCUACAGUAAUUUUAGACGGAAAAGGACAAGUGUUGUUGUAUUCUGGUACGUCCCAAGUUGGACAAAUACUAUUCGGAAGUAUUUCUUCUUCGCAGUACUUAACUUCUUCAUAUUGUGGUACUACUUCUCAAUGUCCACUGACUCCUCCUAAGCCUGCCCGUAGCAGUAUGCUAUCAUCGACUCGAAUGGAAGACGACGUUCUUGACGAGCAGUUUCGCCAAAUAUCACCUGUGAAAAAACACGCUUUUGAUGAUCGAUUUAAUGCUAGUGAUUUAACUCAUGCCACUGGUGUCGGCUAUGUGGAAUCCCUUCAGGAUUCAAUCGGAGUUCAAGCCACUUUAAGAUAUACUGAUGGAUCUCGUUGUAGAGUAAGCUUUCCUGUCCUGUGCACUUCUUUGUUAGUUGAAAAAUGUUUGAAAACAUUUCGUGUAAUAUUACCUCGUGAAGUUGCUUUGAACUUCAUGAUCAUGUGGUACAGAUCUCGGAACGCUCCCGGUACCCAAGAUAUUUCUGCGGAACAAGAAUGGAAAUUAUUUUUAGAAGUUUUUUUACGCUUAUUAGGGUAUGAUAUCAAUAAUGUGCCAUUACUCCAAAAUGUAUACGGUAAUCAAUGCGAAAUCCCCACCGUUGCUAAAAAGAAGAAAGAAGCUGAUGUGGGAAGUGACUCGGAUUGGAAAUACGUUUUGGAAAGUACCUAUCAUAGAGAAAAUUUCAUCAAAAUUAAAAAUUUACUUACCUCGAAGGAAAAAGAACCCCGAGGAACGCUGCUGCAGAGCUCAUCCUAUGAAAUUUCAUCGAAUGCUUUGCUAUAUCCACAUUUUCGUUUAAUUUACUUUUCGUUGCAUUUAUUAUAUGAGGAAUUCAAAUUGAAUACGAUGGAAUACGAUACUCUAUCUACGUUAGUCCUUUUACUGAAUCAAUUGGCGUUGGAUUUGAAUUUAGAAAACUUUUUGCAUUAUUAUUGGAGAAAUCAUCCUCAGUUGAUUUCUAGACCUGAACCAGUGAAUCACGAUACGAUAAAAUAUCAAGGAAAAAAUUCGAACCGCGAAUAUUUUGAUAAACCUCCGAAUAUAUUUGAACAAGUGUUUCAAAUCAUGCAAAAUGAACAAGUAUCUCCUUAUCCAUUCAUUGUUCAUGUAAAUGACGUAUCUCACGAUAUAUUACAACUCUGUUCACUGAUGUUCUCGCCCGACUGUCCAUCUUACGAUAAUAUCAUUAAACCAGUCAGUGUGCCUCGAAAUAGAUCACCUUCGGAAUCAUUAAUAGCUCAAUAUUCCUCAUUUCCCAGUGAUUAUAGAACUAUUGAAAGAAUAGUGUCGCUUAUGGUGAAAGCUGGUUUCUCGCAGAAUAAAUUACAAAAUUUACCAGUCGGUGUAGCGUGGCCUUUAAUCGACCUAAUUCAUCGAUGUCGAGAAUGCCCGAGAGAAGAUUGGUCUAGCUCUGAAUACGAUUUAUUGGUCAGGGAAGAUUUGUCAUCGCAAGUGAGACAAACCAACGAUAUUAGUAAAUCAACUACAUUUAAAACAACUACGGUUCCAAUAAAUAACGCCUCGUGGGGUGAAAUUAAAUCCACCGAGACGAACGAUGGAAUGGAAGAUAUGGAGGAUGAGGUCAUGAGAUUAAUUUGGCCCAAAGAUAGACGUGUUCACCAAGUUAGAACUAUGUUACAAUCAUCGUUACCGGCGAUGAUCGAUAUUCAGCAUAGACCCGAAGUAACAGCUCACGAAUUUAUCGAAGAACAAGAGAAACAUUUGUUCGGAAUUUGCACACGAACCAUGGCUUUGCCCGUAGGAAGGGGAAUGUUCACUCUACGUACGGUUACUCCAUCUAUUACUGAACCAUUGAGUAUUCCUAAACUUUGCCUGAUAGGAAAAUCUGCCAGCAGUGGCACAUCCAUUGAUUUUUCUCAUAUCGAAGUUGUAACCAAUAUGAAUUUAUGGCCUUUAUUUCACAACGGUGUUGCAGCAGGAUUGCGAGUAUCAGCUAAUGCUGAAGUGGAUUCCACCUGGAUCUUGUUCAAUCGUCCCAAAAGUGGAACUGAAAUGUUACCGGAACACGCUGGUUUCUUGAUGGCUUUAGGAUUAAAUGGUCAUCUGAAGAAUUUAAAGCGUAUGAAUAUGUUUGAGUAUUUGAGCCGCCAUCAUGAAAUGACCAAUGUUGCUUUGCUAAUUGGACUUUCGGCUACAUUCAGAGGGACAAUGGAUACCUCGACUACCAAACUUCUGAGCUUACAUAUCGAAUGUAUGUUGCCUCCUACUAGUUUAGAAUUGGAUAUCGAUCAAAAUACACAAAUUGCUGCGUUACUUGGAAUCGGUUUAGUGUACCAGGGAUCAGCUCACAGACAUAUAGCCGAAGUAUUACUCUCUGAAAUGGGUCGACCGCCGGGUCCUGAAAUGGAGAACUGUGUCGAUAGAGAAUCGUAUACUUUAUCAGCUGGUCUCGCUCUCGGACUUGUACUACUUGGAAAAGGGUCCAAUUUAUCCGGAUUAACUGACUUGAAUAUUGCUGAUACUUUGCAUUAUUAUAUGAUCGGCGGGCAUAAACGACCCCUCACCGGACCUCUGAAAGAAAAGUAUAAAUCGCCAAGCUAUCAAAUCAGAGAAGGAGAUGUGGUCAACGUCGACGUAACGUCUCCAGGAGCUACUUUAGCUUUAGGAUUGAUGUUUUUCAACACCGGAAAUAAGGCUGUUGCUGAUUGGAUGAGAGCGCCGGAUACGCAAUACAUUCUCGAUAUCAUCUGUCCUGAUUUCAUUUUACUCAGAACGUUGGCACGUGGUCUUAUCCUUUGGGAAGAUAUAAUCCCUACCAUAGAAUGGGUCGAAAGUCACAUACCUGGUAGCAUUAGACCAUUUUGUUUGGUGAAACCAAAACCGAACUCUGUUCCUUCUAAUAUAGAUUUAGAAACGAUGAACCAAGCGUAUUGUAACAUCGUAGCCGGAGCUUGUAUGGCAAUCGGUUUAAGAUUCGCUGGAUCAGCGAAUAACACCGCUUUCGAAACGAUUCAUUAUUUCUGCAAAAUAUUCAUAUCUUUGUUUGGAAAAUCCAUAUCCGAAUUAGCGGGAAAAUCCACUAUCGAAAAUUGUCUAAACGUGACUUUGAUUUCAUUGUCAUUGAUUAUGGCUGGUACAGGAAACGUGGAAGUGUUGCGAAUUUGUCGUUGUUUAAGAUCUAGAGUUUGUCAAGCUUCCAACACCGUGGUCACGUACGGAUCGCAUUUAGCAACUCAUAUGGCUCUGGGAUUGUUGUUUUUCGGCGGAGGUCGUUACAGUUUAUCCACCAGUCCUGAAUCUAUUGCUGCUCUCAUUAUCGCGUUUUAUCCGAAAUUCCCUACUCAUAGUAACGAUAAUAGAUAUCAUUUACAAGCAUUCAGACAUUUGUACGUUUUAGCCGCCGAAUCCAGAUUACUUCUGCCGAGAGAUAUCGAUAACAAGAAUCCCGUAUAUGCGAAUGUCAAUAUGCAUUUUAUCGAUACUAAGUAUUAUAAAAAUCAACAAGUCAAGUUAAUGGCGCCGUGUUUGCUUCCGGAAUUGAAAUACUUGAACAAGAUCGAAAUUAAAGACGAUCGGUACUGGCCCACGGUAUUUAAACGGGGUAAAAAUUGGACUCAAUUAGAACAAAUGUUGGAAAAUUCAGUUUAUUUCGAUAUCAAACAAAGAUCAGGAUUCCUUCCUUAUAAAGAAGAUAAUAAUAACUAUUCAGUAGUCGCUUCGUCUCUUGUAGCUGCCGAUGAUUGUUUACCAUGGUCAGCAGAUAUCGAACACAUACGAAAAUUUACGUCGGAUCCCUGUAUAUUGGAAAUAAUGGAAAGCUUUUUCGAUUACAAAGAUAGUACGCCUAAUGAAGACGAAGUUAGAUUUAAUAGCAUGUUCCGUAGAAUUGUUUACGAGUGUAUUACCCAAGAUAAACUAUACAUAUUGUCGUUCUGGAUGAGCAUGAUAAAAGUUUUGCAGAAAAUUCGAAAGUUCCCGAAUGCGUAUUACGCCUGGCAAAUCAAACUAUUUUGCCAAACAGCUCUAAAUUGUAGUUUCAAAGAAGGUAUUCCAUAUGCCUCUAAAGCGUUGACAUCGCCUGAACUAGGUAUCGCUGUGAAACAUUAUCUUUUCAAGUUGAUGGAGAGUUGGGAAAAAGAGUAUGAUCUGAAUCUACAAAGUUGUUUCAAUCAAACAGAAGCUGAUCGUGAUGAUAAAAAUGAUAUAGAUCAGAUAAAAAGUAUUAUUCUUUCGAUUUACGAUGUUCCUGUGUCAUUCCAAUCUAAUUCUCAGUUGGAAGGUAUUUCUUUCUUCCAGAUACUUGCCCAGUUGAAUUUUAUUCCCGUUUAAGAAAACACCUGCCUACUGCCGCUCUGAAAAAGUUAUGCGAGAAGAAUUGAUCAAUUAUCGAUAUCGUUGAGACUGUUAUUUUGUAUUUUAUUUUUAUAAAAUUGUUUUUAUGUGUGUUUGAAAAUGUUCAAAAUGUUGGCAUAAUAAAUUGUUGUGAAAUUUA